GGCUAAGCUCCCUUUUUAAGCCUGUAUUGCUUUUAUUUUGCCUUGACUGUUAAGGAAUCCUCAGAAGAGCACCAUCAUAGUCUUGCAUUCAUGAGAAUGGGCCAGCGAUGCUUUCUGUGGUUUCAUUUUAGAAUCCUUACUGUUGCUGUCUUACCCCCUCAGGGCCAUUCCUCUGCAGAAGAGGCUUUGAGCACUACUGACCCUCCAGCUUGAAAUCCUGUCAGCACAUCUCAUGCUGUCCUGCUAAGUGGUGGAUGUGAAUGCUCUUAUUUAGAAGAGAUGAGUGUAGCUAGUGCUGUCUUAAGAGUUGAAACCUGGCUUUUGGCAACAUGGCAUGUUAAAGUGCCUGUGAUGUGGCUGGAAGCUUGUGUUAACUGGAUCCAAGAAGAAAAUAACAAUGCUAAUUUGAGCCAAGCACAAGUAAAUGAACAAGUGUGGGAGCAAUGGCUUCUUACUGACCUGAGAGACUUGGAACAGCCUCUCUUACCUGAUGACAUUUUAGAAAUUCCAAAGGGAGAACUCAAUGGAUUUUAUGCUCUACAGAUCAAUUCCUUGGUUGACAUAAGUCAGCCUGCAUAUUCCCAGAUACAAAAGCUGAGAGGAAAGAAUACAACCAAUGAUCUAGUUUCAGCUGAAACACAGGUUACUCCAAAACCAUGGGAAGCCAGGCCUUCACGGAUGCUGAUGCUGCAGCUCACUGAUGGCAUCACACAAGUUCAGGGAAUGGAAUAUCAGUCUAUUCCAGCUCUCCAUGCUGCUCUUCCUCCAGGCACAAAAAUUUUGGUGCAUGGACACAUUUUGUUCCGUCUUGGUGUUCUCUUGUUGAAACCAGAAAAUGUGAAGGUGUUAGGAGGUGAAGUAGAUGGUCUUUCAGAAGAAUAUGCUCAAGAAAAAGUACUUGCAAGAUUAAUUGGUGAACCUGAUCCUACAAUUUCAGUCAUACCAAAUAAUUCUGAUCACAGUAUGCCCAGAGUUCCAGGGGGGUUAGAUGCUGUUUUAGGACCUUCAGAUGAAGAGCUCUUGGCAAGUCUUGAUGAAAGUGAAGAGCCUGCAGUAAUUAACAGUGGAUCCAUGGGAAGAAGCUGUUUCAGCAUAGGCAGUUCCUUAGACACUACUCCCACAGAUCAGUCUAGUUUUGAGCCAGGGUGUAAUAUUUCUUUAAGGCAAAAGGAAAAACCACCAAGCCAGUAUAUGCAUUUCUCUGAUGGAGAAUUUGAUGACUUUUCACUGGAAGAGGCCUUGCUUUUGGAAGAAACUGUCCAGAAAGAACAGAUGGAAACAAAAGCUUUGACGCCUCUAGCUCUGAAGAAAACCGCAAACAGUAUGGAGACAUUUUCACAUAAACCUAAUACUCUGAACCAUACAGCUUUGAUUCAUAAACAAGGAAACAGCAAUUGUGAUGAAAAAAAAUUACCUGAACAAAUGAUUAAUGAAAACAAUUAUUUUGGCUGUCCAUCUGCUAGAGACUGUCAUAAGAGACUCUUAGCCCAUGAUUUUAGAAAUGACAGUGUUAUUUCAGAAGUAGAUAAUACAACAAAACAAACCAUCAACAAUUCAGAUGACCAUUGCGUAAGUAAUAACAUGUCAAUCAGAGAACUGGGACCCUCUCUGUCAGAAAAGCGCUCACAAGUCACUAAUGAAAAUGGCUGCUCUUCACAGGCUAGUUCAAGAUCGUUUGAGAACAGUGCUGACCUCUCUAUUGGCAUGGACUUAUAUUCUCCACCCUUUAUCUAUCUAUCUGUCCUAAUGGCCAGAAAGCCAAAGGAAGUUACCACUGUGAAAGUCAAAGCAUUUAUUGUAACUUUAACUGGCAAUCUCUCAAGUUCUGGUGGCUGUUGGUGUGUGACAGCGAAGGUGUCUGAUGGUACUGCCUAUCUAGAUGUAGACUUUAUAGAUGAGAUACUUACCAGCAUGAUAGGGUAUUCAGUAUCAGAAAUGAAACAGUUAAAAAAGGACCCUCCUAAAUAUCAAAGAUUCCUAGAGGGGUUACAAAAAUGUCAGCGAGAUCUGAUAGAUUUGUGCUGCCUAAUGACCAUUUCAUUUAAUCCUUCUUUAUGUAAAGCCAUGGUACUGGAACUGCAAGAUGUUGGCUUGGAACAUCUUGAGAACCUAAGGAAGCGGUUGAAUAAAUAAUUUACCAAAAUACUGUUGGAGCACACUUUAAAACAGGCAAAUGUUUGGAAUCAAAAUCUUAGUUUUUGGAAGUCUAUAGAAGAAAAGAAAAAAGCUUCAGAUCUUAAAAAUGGGU